CACAUCAUUCAACAUCUUGCCUACUCCGACGUAUUUUCCUCAGCAUAAUCAGUCAAAGAUGAAAGCAUCAAUCGCCCUCCUUUCACUGCCCUGGGCCGUCACCGCCUCCGCUGUCAUUGCUAGAAAUGAUCAUCACUUGGGAAUUAGGCAGGCAACUGUGCCGAAUCCCUGCACAGGAAGUCCAGAUGGGUUUCUUGUCCAGGUGUGCUGCCAGACCGGUCUUGUGGGCUGUGUGCAUAUAGAUGCAUGCAGUGUGGGAUCCAUUAUCUGGUGCUGUAAUGUGGGCUGCAGCGUCUUCGACAGCCACAAGUACAGCCUCCGCGGUAUCGACUGCAACAUCAGCUACGACAACUGCGGUAACAUCGACUGCAACAUCAGCUACGACAACUGCGGUGACAUCGACUGCAACAUCAGCUACGACAACUGCGGUAACAUCGACUGCAACAUCAGCUACGACAACUGCGGUGACAUCGACUGCAACAUCAGCUACAACAGCCUGAGCUUUACUGCGGUCCCAUCUCAAGCCACGAUAUGCAACAACUGAUGGACAAGUUUCUCGACCUUCCUUGUAAAUACACUCACGAAAUGUCCGAAGUGACACGCAUGCAGUAGACAAUAUGGACCGACCAAGGUGCCGAAAUCGGUACAAAGGCUUCAAUCGUUUGGCAAUUUGAACAUUUCACGGUUAUAGAUAGACGUUAUAUCUAGCAAGUACUUAUAAAUAUACAUAUAUAGUGGAG